AUGGUCGAAUUCGACGACGAUGAUGACCGGGGGUCCAAUGCGAGUUCGGACAAUGAACAAGAUGAGUUAAUGGAGGAUGCCGAAGACAUGGAAGCAGAAGCAAUAGAUGGUGAUGGGGAUGGGGAAGACGAUGACAAUGACAAUGACAAUGACGAGGAAAAUGGGUCCGAUGAGGACGAUUCUGCCGACCAGCCAUUAUCCCAGAUCAGACGGCCCAGCCUACCUACUACGAAUACAAGUUCUGACGACAUUCCCACGACGAGCCAAGUCAAUGGCGCGGGUCCUACUUCACAUCCUCAACCUACGUUGACUCGAACCUCUGCCUCUCCGCGACAGCUUUCUGCGGCCCCUACCCCCAGGAUGCGCUUCGAGGUCCGCCCAGAAGCUCUCUCAGCCUCGCUCUAUGAUAUUGUGCCUACAAUGGCAGCGCCGCAGAGUACGUCCAUUAAUGCGAUUACAGCGACGCCGGAUAUGCGGUAUUGGUUUACGGGAGGCUCUGAUUGCUAUGUGCGAAAAUACGAUGGUGUCGCAACAGUUAAUGGCAAAACCUUGUUGACUGUGGCUCAAAGACAUCCAUUUGUGGACAGUGUAGUGAAGGCUGGGGUUCUGAUGAGCUACUGGGAUAAUGAAGAGCCUGUGGCCAAAACCCCCGGGGAGGAACCUCAGCUUUCUCCUGUGUAUUCGCUUGCUGUACAAUCACAAUCCCUUUGGAUGCUUUCAGGCUUAGAAUCAGGGUGUAUCAACCUAUACUCGGUACGGCAUGAUGAGGGGAAGAGGAUCGCGUAUAUGCAGAAGCACAAAUCGCAGUCUCAGUUCUUACUCUGGCUCAAGAUGAGAAUGAAGAGGUCCUUCGAGAGCAGCGGUGGUCAAAUAUCGGCGAUCGAAGUACGGCCAGCCUCGAGCCUACUGGUUCCUGAAGAAUCCGGCGAACCAGUGGUUACGAAUGGGACUUUCUCAAGUAAUAAUGGCGACAAACCCCAUGUAAAUGGGGUCACAAUGAAUGGCGCAAACGGGGCAGACGGUGAUAAUGACGAUGCGCAAGGCUCCCCGGCUGAUUCGCUUUUUGGUGGCGGAAGUGAUGCCAAUUCUUUAUUUGGGGAGACAGCAGGAGAUGGAGCACCGUCCGGUGGGAAUUUUGGAGAUGAAGACGACGAGUUUUCUCGUGCGAUUGAGAUGAGCAUUGACAACAACGAGACGGUUGAUGCGAAUGGGGAUCUUACAAUGGGAGACGCCCCAGCAGUCGAUGCACCUGCUCCAGUACAGCCCUUAGAAGGGCAAGCAAAUGGUGUACAGCCUAUAGAGGCAAACGGAAUCAAGCUUGAAGAGAAGCCGGAACUUCCAGUCCCAAUGAUUAUAGCAGAGACACAAGAUGCCGAGGCAACGUCGGAUUCAACUUUUUUGGCUGCAUCAAUAAAUGGUACACUGCGAGUUUGGGAUAGACGGCAACCGAAUGCAAUUGCGACGAUACCUACACGGACAGGAGUUCCGCCUUGGUGCAUGGCAGCUUGUUGGUCACCAGAUGGGAACUACAUUUACGCAGGGAGAAGAAAUGGAACAGUAGAAGAGUUCAGCUUACACAAGGGCCUGAGAAACGCAGAGAGGACCUUCAAGUUCCCGCAAGGAAGCGGUGCUGUCAGUGCUGUGAGGGCGAUGCCAAAUGGGAGGCAUUUGAUAUGUGCUUCUCAUGAUAUUUUACGUCUUUACGACCUUAGAGAUACAGCAGCUUUCAAGCACUCGACAGUUCCGUUCCUGAUCGUUCCUGGGCCACCUCGAGCGGGUGUUAUAUCUGCGCUCCAUAUCGACCCGACCUGCAAAUACAUGCUCUCUGCAGCGGGAAACCGUGGAUGGGAAGGUAGUAAUACUGAAGUUCUGAUUGGAUAUGAAAUUGGGACUUCGUGA